AAAAUCUCCAAAACCGCUUCGGCUUCCUCUCUCCCCUCACGGCGGCCGUCGCUUCGUUCGCCGAUUAGCCGGCGCCGCCGCCGCCGCCGCCGGUAGAGAACCCACCCCCUCCCCGCAUGGCCGCCGCGGGCGGGGCCGCGCAGCCGCCGCGGCAGUACAAGCUGGCGCCGCAGAGCGAGCUGCGGGUGGAGGUGCCCCCCGACGCGCCCGUCCGCGUCCGCCUCGUCGCCGGCACGGCGGAGGUCUUCGGCACCGAGCUCCCCCCCGAGGGCUGGGUCCCCGUCCCGCCCCGCUCCAAGAUCGCCAUUUUCACCUGGCACGGCGCGACGGUGGAGCUGGACGGGGUCAGCGAGAGCGAGUACACGUCCGACGAGACACCGAUGGUGGUUUAUGUGAACACCCACGCGAUCCUUGACGCGAGGAGGGCGAGGGCGAGGGCCGCCGCGGCUCAGGGUGCCCUGCCGGAGUCCUCGCAGGGACCCAGAGUGAUCAUUGUGGGGCCAAGUGAUUCUGGAAAAAGUACUUUGUGCAAAAUGCUCCUUAGCUGGGCUGCCAAGCAGGGCUGGAAGCCUACAUAUGUGGAUUUAGAUAUUGGCCAAGGUUCGAUAACCAUACCUGGAUGUAUUUCGGCAACACCCAUUGAGAAGCCUAUAGAUAUAGUUGAUGGGAUUCCCUUGGAGAUGCCGCUUGCAUACUUUUACGGCCAUCCAAGCCCAAGUGUUAGUCCAGAUGUUUACAGAGCUCUUAUGAAGGAGCUAGCUCAGACAUUGGAUAAACAAUUCUCUGGAAAUUCUGAAUCUAGGGCAGCAGGAAUGAUUAUCAAUACUAUGGGGUGGGUUGAAAACCUUGGUUUAGAGUUACUUCACAAUUCAAUUGAGAUUUUCAAGGCUAAUGUAAUAUUGGUAUUGGGACAGGAGAAACUAUGGAAGAUGCUAAAAGAUGCAGCAAAAAAUAAGCCCAACAUUGAUGUUGUAAAACUUCAUAAAUCAGAAGGUGUUGUUCCGAGAAAUCCAAAGUACCGUCAAAAGACUAGAAGCUUCCGUAUCAAGGAGUACUUUUAUGGCAUUGCGAAUGAUCUAGCACCACACUCAAAUGUUGUUAACUUCAGUGAUGUAUCUGUUUACAAGAUUGGCACUCAUCAAGCUCCUAAGUCUGCACUACCGAUUGGUGCAGAGCCUGUGGCAGACCCUACUCGACUUGUUGCUGUUAACAUCAGCACAGAUAUGGUCCACACCGUGCUUGCUGUUUCAUAUGCUAAGGAACCUGAUGAAAUAGUUUCCAGCAAUGUUGCCGGAUUCAUCCACGUGACAGAUGUUGACAUCCAAAGGAAGAAGCUCACAUACAUUGCACCAUGCCCAGGGGACCUGCCAAGUAAGCUGUUAAUUGCGAGCUCGUUAACGUGGUACGAGGCUUGAUCAGCUCAUGGCAGAACGAUCAACGAUGUAGCUAGGUGGUCAGUUAAAUUAAUCAGAUGGAUGUAACACAGAUGUAUCCCUUGUCCUAUCUCCGGGUGUACGUUGUAAACUUGCAAGCUUUUUAGUAAACUCAAUGCACUGCUAACUAAAACUUAUAACAGCAAAUUUCACUCAUUUCUCUGGAA